AUGGCAGUGCAACGGGUCCUGAUAUGUGGUUCUGGCAUAGCUGGCACAGUCCUUGCAUAUUGGUUAGGAAAGCAUGGAUUCGACGUAGUCAUCUUAGAGCGCUCGCGCUCCGAGAGUCAGCAAGGGCAAAUCAUCGAUGUUGAGGGGCCUGCCCAGGAAGUUGUGAAGAAGAUGAGUUUACUAGAUCAGCUCAAAGCUAAAACUACCCAUGAAGCAGGUUUGAGCUUUGUCGACAGCUCUAACACCACUUUUGCUAGCAUUCCUGCUGGUGCGACAAACGUGUCCAACGAGAUUGAAAUCAUGCGUCCAGCUCUUGUCAGCACUCUGCUCGAUGCUGCUACGAGCUUUCCGAACGUGUCAGUGCGCUACGGCUGCACAGUCUCAAACCUCGAACAGACGUCCAGCAACGUCAAAGCCACCAUCGAGCACGUUCAGUCGUCUGGAGCUCGAACGACCACCGAGACGUUCGACAUCAUCGUUGCAGCUGAUGGGUUACGGUCCAAGACUCGAGACCUAAUCCUUCCCACCCAAAUCGCCAAGUCCUGUGUAGUGUCCAUCAAGGCCUUUUGUGCCUUUUUCAGUAUUCCUGUUGAGCCUCAAGACCAGCCCAAUGCACGUUUCUACUCCAUGUCGGGUCGUCGCGGCGCUCUUAUCAAGCCACUGAACGACAAGUCAUCGUCUGCGUACAUGACACAGGCCAAGUUCGGCCAGGAUCUUCAUAUUGCACAGAAGAGUCGAGACUCACAACAGCAGAAGGAGGUCAUGGCUUCGAGGUUUCGUGGUCAGGGCUGGGAGUGUGAUCGGCUGGUCGAUGCCAUGUUCAAGGCCGACAACUUCUAUUUUGAAGAAUUGUCCCAGGUCUACCUCGACAAGUGGAGUUAUGGCAGGUGCGCACUUCUUGGCGAUACAGCGUAUGCCCCAUCUCCUCUGACGGGGGAAGGCACCAAUCUCGCAAUUGUGGGUGCAUACGUUCUGGCUUGGGCUCUGGUGCAACACGCCAAGGAGGACAGUCCUGAUGUCGCAUUUGUCGACUAUGAGAAGAGAUUCAGACCUUAUGUCGAUAAGACGCAGCCAAUUCCACUUGGAGGCUAUCUGCCAUUAUUGGUGAAUCCCGAUACAACGUGGGGCAUCUGGAUCUUAAGGACUCUUUUAAGUUGGGUCUGCUGGCUACAAGUCUGGAAAUACAUUCCUGUCUUACAGAAGAAGUCUUUUGAGCUUCCAGAAAUGUGA